UUCUCUGUGAAUAAUGCAUAAAACUUUUAUUAUGUAUCCGUCUCUUUUAAACUUUAUACUCGUCAUCUUUCAGUCUCUGUUAUUGUAUUCUCUGUCGAGGAGUCUCUGUGUGUCUAUAUUGGUCAGUGUUACUGAAGUGAGCUCAAGUGUCCAUCUGUAGAUUAGCCAUUAUCCUCUUAUCUCACAGAGUCGUUCUGCUUUUCUUUAAAAUACUCCACAACAAGAAGAAACACGCGUCUCAGUCUUUGGAUAGCUGCUUUGCAAUGCUGUGACUCUUUACCAGAACUUUUGUAGGGGUUGGUCCCGUUUGUUUGGGCUCUUGGGUGCCAUAAAGUAAACGUGCGUUUGAGCUUCAUACAGUAAUCUCUUCAGACUGCCUUCAACGUGCAUGCAAAAAACAAGCCUUUUCCAUACAGCUGUAUUCUCGAUUGAUGAGGAAUAGCGCCAUUUGAAAGUCGGAUUGAUGCAAGACGGGUUUUUAAAAUGCGCCCGGUGAAAGCAGUGACCCUUCUUUCAGUGAUAUGGAUGCUUAAUGCUGUGCGGUGCGCAAAAAGGUCGGGAGGACAAAAGUCGGAAAGGUUGAGUCCACCUCUGGAUAUUCAGUUGGAGACGGUGAACUGCACUGCGUUCAGUGUUCGAUGGAAAAUGCCCCGCAGACACGUCAGUACUAUUACAGGCUAUAAGGUGUUUUACACAGAAAUGAGAAAUAAUCGUCCGGUCAGCGCUACUGUUGUCCUGGAAGUGCCCUUGAGUUUGGAAAUGCUCACAACGGGGCAGUUUGAUGGACAAGCAAACUCUGAUGUUGUGAUAGGGAACCUGAAGGUGGCCACUCGGUAUCGUGUCAGUGUCGGGGCGUUUGGAUGGGCGGGUGAGGGCAGACCCAGCAUGCCAAGAGAUAUCAGCACUGCCUCACACGAAACGUGCAUGCCUCCAUCACCUCCGACGCAGCCUGACGUGGUCGCCGUGUCAGACACAGAGCUGGCGUUGUCAUGGCAACACAGAGAGAGUGAUGACAGCGCACCUGUGCUGUACUUCCUAGUGGCGUAUAUCAGGCCUGAGAUGGACACUGAAUGGACGUACAUCAGAGAGGCUGUAGAGUCGAACUCAAUGGUUCUCAAAGGUCUGAACCCUGACACAGAAUAUCAGUUUGUCAUCAGAGCUGUUAAUGUGUAUGGCAUCAGUCCUCCCAGUCCCAUUAACAGCCCAGUACGCACACACGGUCCUGUGGAUAUGGGGAGUGGAGAUUAUGAUGUCUUUAUCUCAAACUCUGACACUAAAAACCAGUUUGAAAGUGAUGAUACGGAUUAUGACAUCUUAAUCGAGAAGAUGAAGUCAUUUCCUAACGGUAGGGAAAGCGACAUGCGAUCUCCGCUCCGCUCCCGCACCGGGACUCCCGCAAACGGAAAUGUUAUUUACCGGAUGCGCACACCAGCAUCCAGAAAUAUCAGCUUCACUUCAACAACUACAAUAGCGUGGACCACAUCAACAUCACCUGUUACCACGACAACAGUUGCUAGCUCCACCCACACUACAACCACACCCACUGUGAUGCACAUCACUGCCCCACCCACCACCGUGCAAUCUCCAAAUCCGACCCUGACCCCGUGGAAAGGAGAACAGCCGCGGGUCUAUGAUGUGUUAUGUGAUGAGACCGUUUGCCCUCCUGACAGCUUCUGCAUCAAUGAUUAUGAUACAGGCGGCUCGCGAUGUCACUGUAACCUCGGACGACAGGGAGACUUCUGCGCUGAAGGUCUGAUGGUAAAUUUCCCAAAGUUUUACGGCUUUUCACACAUGACAUUUGAACCUCUUAAAAACUCUUACCAGAGCUUCCAAAUCAGCCUGGAGUUUAAGACAGAGGCUGAAGAUGGUAUGCUGUUAUACUGUGGUGAAAACGAACACGGGAGAGGAGAUUUUACUUCUCUGGCUCUUGUGCGAAGAAAACUACACUACAGGUUUAACUGUGGUACCGGGGCGGCACAGAUUGUGAGCGAUAGCUCUGUUGUGAUUGGACAGUGGCACACGGUAACUAUAUUUAGAGACGGUAUGAACGGAUGGCUGCGACUAGACAACGACACACCUGUAUCUGGACGUUCUCAGGGCCAGUAUACUAAAAUAACUUUCCGCUCGCCUCUGUUUUUGGGCGGCGCUCCGAAUGCCUACUGGUUGGUGAGGGCAGUGGGGACGAAUCGUAGAUUUCAGGGCUGCAUUCAGAGUCUGACCGUCAACCGUAAAGCCAUCGACCUCCGACCUUGGCCCAAAGGAAACGCACUGAGCGGAGCAGACAUCGGUGAAUGUAGUAACAGUGUUUGUGAUGAAGUCAUCUGUGCUAAUGGAGGAAUCUGCUUUGCCAGUCGAGCCGAUGGUUUCAUCUGUCUGUGUCCGCUGGGUUAUAAGGGCGUCCUCUGUGAGGAGAGGUUCCUGCUGUCUUUACCACAGUUUAAUGAAAGCAUGUACUCAUACGCCAGCGCUCCCUGGCCUCAGCCCACCCAUAACUAUCUCUCCUUUAUGGAGUUUGAAAUCACCUUCCAGCCAACCGAUCCUGACGGCACGCUGCUCUACACCGAGGACACGGCCAGUCGUGACUUCCUGUCCAUCAGUCUGAUCGAUGGAUACGUGGAGUUUCGCUUCGACUGCGGCUCAGGUGCUGCUGUCAUCAGGAGUCCUGAGGCUAUCACCAUGGAUUCAUGGCAUGAGUUACGUGCGUCUCGCACGGCCAAAAAUGGGAUUCUGCAGGUAGACAACCAGAGGCCAGUGGAGGGCAUGGCUGAGGGGGCGUUUACACAGAUCAAAUGUAGUUCCCCUUUAUAUAUUGGAGGAGUUCCUAAUUAUGACAUUACAAAGCCCAGCGCUGGACUCCUGAGACCUUUUAGUGGAGCUGUUCAGAAGAUUUCUCUGAAUGACCGCAGUAUAGAGCUCAAUCCAGGCCAGGCGUUUGGGAUAAACGUACUGAACGCUGCUCAUCCGUGUGUGGAGAACCCGUGUGCUAAUGGAGGAGUGUGCAGGCCCAAGUGGGACGACUAUGACUGUGACUGCACACUUGGAUACGAUGGGAAACACUGCCAAAAAGAAUGUGGAAAUUAUUGCUUAAACACUGUUACCGAAUCGAUUGAGAUUCCUCAGUUCACUGGACGCAGCUAUCUGACAUAUGACAACAGAGAUAUACUUAAAAGGUUAUCAGGAUCCAGGACAAAUAUCUUCAUGCGUUUCAAGAGCACGUCCAAAGACGGUCUUUUACUCUGGCGAGGGGAGAGUCCAAUGAGAGCCAACAGUGACUACCUGUCUCUCGGCCUUCAUGAUGGAGCGCUCAUUUUCAGUUAUAAUUUAGGCAGUGGGGUCGCCUCUGUGAUUGUUAAUGGGACCUUCAGUGACAGCAGGUGGCACCGAGUGAAAGCUGUGAGGGAGGGACAGGCUGGUAAACUUACAGUCGAUGAUUAUGGAGCAAAAACAGCCAAAUCUCCUGGUAAAAUGAGGCAGUUGAACAUUAACGGUGAUCUUUACAUUGGUGGGAUGAAGGAGAUCGCGCUGCACACUAACAGGCAGUACAUGCGAGGUUUGGUAGGAUGCAUUUCACAUGUCACUCUUGCCACGGACUACCAUCUGUCUCUGGUGGAUGAUGCAGUUGAUGGCAAGAACAUCAACACAUGCACAAACUAAACACCUGCGAUAACUUCAAGAAAUUAAAAUUUUGCAUCAUCUGAACACUUGUGAUAACUUAUCAAAACACCAGCCAAAGAUGGAGAAACAUCAACACCUGCAUCACCUGAACAUUUGCAGUAACUACUAAAAAAACCCAGCCGAACAUGGCGAAAAAUAAAGAACUGCACAAAAAAAAUUAUAAAAAACCUCAACAUCUGCGAUAACUACUUAACUCUGUACUUUAUCCAUCUUCAGAUUUAUGAACUUUACUGUAGAUCUACUGUUUUAAAUAUAUUGGAUAUACAGUACUGUACUGUAAGUCUACAGUAAACUGCUUUAACUAUAGCACUUCUGAAUCAGUAACCAAAUUAUGUAGGUCCUUCUGCUUACCUCUUUAUGAAGGCAGUGUUUAAACAAUUGUGUCUAAUUGUUUGUUUUGUUUUUUAUUAUUACUCGUUUUUUAUCAUGAUUUAAAUAGAUUAAUUUAGAUUUGAGUAGAGGCUU